AUGCCCGGUUUCGACUUCACAAACUACAAUCGAAAUGCUGCCUUACACGCCCGCGGCGUUCCUCUCCCAAAGGCGACGAGCACCGGUACCACUAUUGUAGGAUGUAUUUUUGAUGGUGGUGUAGUGAUCGCAGCAGACACAAGGGCCACCAGCGGCCCCAUAGUAGCGGACAAGAACUGCGAAAAGCUCCACUACAUCGCCCCUCAGAUCUGGUGCGCCGGCGCCGGAACAGCCGCCGACACCGAAUUCACCACUGCCAUCAUCUCCUCCAACCUCGAGCUGCACUCCCUCUCGACCGGCCGCAAGCCCCGCGUCGUCACCUGCAUGACCAUGCUCAAGCAGCACCUCUUCCGAUACCAGGGCUACAUCGGCGCCUACCUCGUCGUCGCCGGUGUCGAUCCCACGGGCACCCACCUCUUCACCGUCCACGCUCACGGCAGCACCGAUAAGCUCCCCUACGUAACCAUGGGUUCCGGCUCCCUGGCCGCCAUGUCUGUCUUUGAGACGAAGUGGAAGGGAGAUCUCACUCGUGAUGAGGCCGUAGAGCUUUGUAGCGAGGCUAUUCUCGCGGGUAUUUUCAACGAUUUGGGUUCCGGCUCCAAUGUCGAUGUCGCCAUCAUCACCAAGGACAAAACCACUCUCAAGCGAGGCUACGUCAAGCCCAACGAGAGGACCGCCAAGACUCAGAGCUACAAGUUCCCCGUUGGCACCACGGCUGUCUUGAACGAGAAGAUUAUCCGAAAGGGCGACAUUGGGCGGUAUGUUGAUAUCCAGGAGCUGCCGGUCGAGGGUGAGGGCGAGAAGAUGGAUGUGGACUCGUGA